AUGAAGUCGUCCCUUGUGGGUGCUUCGCUGGUUUCGACAUUGGGCCUCGUGCAAGCCCAUACCAUCCAGUGGAACAUCGAGGGUCGUCAUCCUCAACCACAUUUGGCCCGUCGCGCCAAAACGACAUAUGAAGAGGCCAUAAGUAAUGACAGAUCUGAAGGAGGCUACUUUACAGAGGUCACGAUCGGCAGUCCGCCUCAGAACAUUACCCUUCAGCUCGAUACUGGGAGUAGCGAUGUAUGGGUUCCCUGGAACUGCGCAGAUAUCUGCGAGAACGACAAGAAUGGAAAAAAUGGUUGCCCUCUUGGAAGCUUUGACCCUGAUAAGUCCAAGACAUUCAAACAUGUCGCGCCUGGAAUGUUUGGCAUCACCUUUGUAGAUGACAGUUAUGUCAAGGGCGAUUAUUUUGAAGAUCACUUUGAGUUGGACGGCGCUGUCAUCAACAAUCUGACCAUGGGACUGGCUAUCAAGACUAACAUUUCAUAUGGCUUGAUUGGCGUCGGUUACGCCAAGAACGAGGCAUCGGGCAGCACCACGGAUGUCAUUUAUCCCAACCUCCCUGUUGCGAUGUACCAAGCAGGCUAUAUCAACACCAUCGCCUACAGUGUGUGGCUCAACGACCUAGACGCCAAGGCCGGCAGUAUUCUAUUCGGAGGGGUUGACACAGCAAAGUACGUGGGCGAUAUGCACCGAAUCGACAUUCAAAAGUUAGAUGGCCAUUACUACCACUUCGUUGUGGCCUUGACUUCACUGGUCGCCACUAGCUCCAGCGGCAGCGAUGUCCUUACCUCGGAUAGUUUCCCCAUUCAGGCCGUUCUCGAUUCCGGAACCACGUUGAGCUACCUUCCCCAAGAUCUGGCCCAUGAGAUCUGGGAAGAAGUUGGUGCUGUGUGGUCGCCAUACUAUGGAGUAGCUGUUCUACCAUGUGCUUACGGCAGGAAUCAAGGGAAUUUCACGUUUGGAUUUGCAGGCCCUGAAGGUCCUAGCAUCAGUGUAGGGAUGGACGAGCUCGUUCUUACCAUGACCAGCGAUGCGGCCAAUAUGCCAUCCUUUGAAUCCGGCGCGUACAAGGGCGAGAACAUAUGUACCUUCGGUAUACAAAACGACACCAACGAUCUGUAUUUGCUUGGUAACACCUUUCUUCGAUCCGCCUAUGUCGUCUAUGACCUGGUAAAUAACGAAGUUGGAAUUGCUGCCACUGAUUUCAAUUCGACGAAAAGCAAACGAGUCCCAUUUAAGAGCUAUGGGGCUACCAUUCCAUCCGCAACGGCAGUAAGUAAUCAGCACAGAGCAACCGAGAAACCAACAGUCCCAGGUCAUAACUUUACUGCUGCUGAAGGAUUUCAAGAAUCGGACUCAGAUGGAAAUGAUGACGAGGACAACGCGGGAUCAUUGCUUGCCCCUGGGACAACACCUUUGGCGCUGGUCGUUACCACUAUGAGCUUCAUGCUUGCAGGUGGAGGGAUUUUCUCGAGCAUUUUUUCAUGA